AUGCAGUUCAGCAUCAUCGCCCUUAUUCUCUCCGCUGCCGUUGCAGUCUCUGCCUCCCCAACACCAGUCACUUCUGGUGAGAACCUUGGUCCCCAUGAGCUCGCAAAGCGUACCUGUGGUACCUUGACCGGCAUUAAGCUCAGGAUCUGCCAGGAAGCUUGCAAGGCUACUUGCACUAUUGGAACUCUUGGUUUCGCCAGGAAGCUCUGUGAGAAGGCUUGCGAAGCUGGUCCUCUCAAGGCCCGCCACGUUGAGGGAGAAGAGGAAGAGUUAACCGCUGUCGAGGAUCUCGAUGCUCGCAAUCUUCGCCAUAAGUUUUGCCAUGCCACUUGCGAUGUUAUUUGCAACUCUACUAUCCUUGCCCUUGACCAGCUUUACUGCCUGAAGAAAUGCAAGGCCAGGUGCUAG